AAUCCAUUAUUAAAUUUGUUUAUUUCAGUUCUCUACCUCUUAAUUCUUGUCAAAAUGCGUCCAUUACGUCGUUCAUCCCGCACCAAAGUAUUUGCCGUUAAAUUUUCUCCACAUACAACUCCAUUAAAAAUCAAAAGAUCUACAAGUAUUAAUACUUUUACAAUUCCAUUUAAACAAAAAGAAAGAAGUUUAGCAAUUAAAAAAGAGCAGGAAAGGGCUGAAGUUGUAAAAGAGAAGAGGAAUGAGGAGGAUGAAAUGUCGCAGGCCAAAGACCAGUCGCAGUCAUUCAAACAAAAAGAGGCCAACCACGGACGCAUUAGUGUUGCAAUUAAAAACAUUGCCCCUGCAUCUACUUCCAUUAUUCAACUUUCUGAAUCGUUUAGAGUUGCAGGUCUCAAUUGGCGACUUCAAAUCCUUUUUAAUAGAAAUACUUUUACUGGUCAGAGCCGUUUUAUCUCAGUCUACGUUAUUUGUGAGGAUUUGCCUUUUAAUGAAACCCUGACUGCUCUAAUUACUUUUCGUUUGGUCUCGCAAGAGGAAGGAUAUGCUGGAAUGGAUAACGAAAUUAUUGCACAUUUCAAUGGCUCUAAUCGUUCUGUUGGUAUUUCAAACUUUAUAUUGUUCAAAAAUAUUUUUGCGGAGGACAGUGAAUAUGUCAAUAAAGAUUUUGAUGAAGCUCAAAUUGUUGCAAUUAUAAGAGUGAAAUCAAGGCAGAAAACGAUUAUGAGGUGA